AUGGGUAGCUUCUUCUAUUCUCCGGCUGAAGACUACGCUUCUUCUCUAUACAAUCUAUCUAUCUUAGUCUGUUCAUAUCUAUCUAUCAAUCUAUCUAUCUAUCUAUCUAUCUAUCACACUGAUAAUCUCUCUCUCUUUCUGUCUAUCACUGUUCCGUGUCUCUCUAUAUAUAUCAAUCAAUCUCAAUCUUUUAUAUCUAUCUAUCAAUCUCCGUCUGUUUCUAUCUAUCUAUCUAUCUAUCUAUCUAUCUAUCUAUCUAUCUAUCUAUCUAUCUAUCUCAAAAAAAACAUUUUCACGAAAAUCUAUCUAUCUAUCUAUCUAUCUAUCUAUCUAUCUAUCUAUCUAUCUAUCUAUCACACUGCUUAUAUCUCUCUCUCUCCUUCUGUCCAUCACUGUUCUGUAUCUCUCUAUAUAUCAAUCAAUCUGAGUCUUUUAUAUCUAUCUCUCAAUCUCUGUCUAUUUCUUUCAAUCUAUCUCUCUAUGUUAGUCUGUUUAUAUCUAUCUAUCUAUCUAUCACUGCUAAUCACACUCUCUCUCUUUCUAUCUAUCACUACUUUUAUAUCUAUCUCUCAAUCUCCAUGUGUUUCUUUCAAUCUAUCUAUCUAUCUAUCUAUGUUAGUCUGUUCAUAUCUAUCUAUCUAUCUAUCUAUCUAUCUAUCUAUCUAUCUAUCUAUCACAGUGCUAAUCUCUAUCUCUCUCUCUUUCUGUCUAUCACUGUUUCGUGUCUCUCUAUAUAUCAAUCAAUCUCAGUCUUUUAAAUCUAUCUAUGAAUCUCCAUCUGUUUCUUUCAUUCUAUCUAUCUAUCUAUCUAUCUAUCUAUCUAUCUAUCUAUCUCAGUCUGUUCAUAUGCAUGUAUGUAUGUAG